CCCGGGGAGGGACAGGACUGUGAGUGUGUGUGUGUGUGAGAGAGAGAGACAUUUAUAGAUCACGUGUGAAACUUGAUCUCCCCACAGUGGACCCAGAGGAAAGAAAAAAGAUAGAAGUAUUGUUUUUAAACAGAUUUUUUCCUUUGUUUUUCUUUUUUUUUUUUUUUUCCUCCCCUCUCCCCCUGCGAGGGCUGGCGAUAAAAGGCCGGGGCGGCCAGCGCCGGCUCAGAGGGAGGAAAUGCCGAAAUCUCCGCGGCUGGACGCGGCGGCGAGCGCCCACUGACCCAUCCCGGGCCGGAGCGAGCUGCCGGCGCAUCCCCGGCGGUGGCAGCCCGGCCCCGCGGGGACCCCCGCGCCAUGCGGGCGCUCAGCCUGGGCCUGGUGGCGCUGAGCUGCGCCGCCGCGGCUCUGUGCGCUGCCGGAGCCCAGCGCCGGGCUCCGGAGGGCGGCGGCCGCCGGCGCUACCACCGCGUGCAGCACGGGCGCUGCAGCUACACCUUCGUGCUGCCCGAGGCCGACCCCGUGCCCUGCCCGGCCGCCCCCGGCGCUGCCCCCGGCCCGGCCAGCGCGCUGCUGCAGCGGGACUCGCCGGCCGGCAGCGCCGGGCACGGGGCAGCCCAGCGCCUGCGGCACCUCGAGAGGAUCCUGGAGAACAGCACCCAGUGGCUGCUGAAGCUGGAGAGCUACAUCCAGAGCAGCGUGAAGCCGGAGAUGGCGGAGCUGCAGCAGACGGCGGUGCAGAACCAGACCGCCACCAUGCUGGAGAUCGGCAGCUCCCUCCUGAACCGCAGCGCCGAGCAGAGCCGCAAGCUCACCGACGUGGAGGCGCAGGUGCUGAAUCAGACGUGGCGCAUCGAGAUGCAGCUCCAGGAGAAUUCCCUGUCCACCACCAAGCUGGAGAAGCAGCUGCUGCUGCAGACCAAUGAGAUCCACAAGCUGAAGAACAGAAACAACAUCCUGGAGGUGCGGGUGCUGGAGAUGGAAACGAAGCAGCAGGCGGAGCUGGCGGGAGCCCACUCAGAGAAGGAGAAGCUGCAGCGGCUGCUGAGCCGGCAGAGCGGCACCAUCGAGGAGAUGGAAAAGACGCUGCAGGCUGCCAGUGCCAACACCAGCCUGCUCCAGCGCCAGCAGCUCCAGCUCCUCCAGUCUGUCCAGAGCCUGGUGCGCCUCGUCUCCCAGGGCAGAGCCACGUCACCUGGGCAGGAGCAGCAAUUCCAGGACUGUGCCGAGGCGCGCCGGGCGGGCAUCCAUGCCAGUGGCACCUACACCCUGCACAUUGCCAACCUCAGCGAGCCCAAAAAGGCAUACUGUGACAUGGAGACGGAUCGAGGGGGCUGGACCGUCAUCCAGCUUCGUGCCAACGGCAGCCUCAGCUUCCAGAGGAGCUGGAGGGAGUACAAGCAGGGCUUUGGGGACGCGUCGGGGGAGUACUGGCUGGGGAACGAGGCCGUGCACCUGCUGACGAGCCGGGUGCCCUACGCCCUGCGGGUGGAGCUGCAGGACUGGGAGGGCGGCCAGGUGUAUGCCCACUACGGGAAAUUCCAGCUGGGGAGCGAGCGGCAGUUUUACAGGCUGUCGCUGCAGGACUACAGUGGCACAGCUGGGCAGCAGAGUGGCCUGGCACUGCAGGGCACCCAGUUCAGCACCCGUGACGCCGACAACGACAACUGUCUGUGCAAGUGUGCCCAGAUGCUCUCGGGAGGAUGGUGGUUCGAUGCCUGUGGCCUCUCCAACCUGAAUGGCAUCUACUACCCGGCCCGGAACAACAUCCGCAAGCUGAACGGCAUCCGCUGGCACCACUUCCAGGGGCCCAGCUACUCCCUGAAGGGCACCCGCAUGAUGAUCCGGCCCUCCAGCUUCUAACGUGCCCACGGAGUGCCAGCUCUGAGAGACAAGUCUGGGACGAGGGAUGGUUGGGGCUAAGAUGUCCCAGCUGCUGCAGGGAACCUUUGCCAUGAGUUUAUUUUGUUACUCUCGUUUAUCCCACUUUUCAGAAGUCUGCAGUGUCACCACGGCCAUGCUGGAGGAACUGUGGGCAGGGGUGAAGGAGCUGGAGCUGGAGCUGGAGCUGCAGGAGCUGCAGGAGUGGGACAAAGCCAGACCUGCCAAAGUGGGCUCCAGCAUAUGGAAACCCCUGAUCUCACCCCAGCUUCUCUCCCCGAAUUUCUGCUGGGCCUCAGGGUUUUGUCUUGGGGACAGGGCUCGAAGAUCCCCCCCCAGUGAUGGGAACCCCUGGGACCAUGUGCAUUCAGAGGGACCCCAGACAUGAUGGGGGCUUUGCCUUUUCACUGGUUUUGGAUAUUGUAAAUUCCCCACCAUCCCACUUUCCUGCAGGAUUAGAGGAGCUGGAUGGGACAGGAAUGCUGAUAAGCAUGGGGGCUGGUGGUGUCCCUCCUUCCCCUUUCAUCCAGACACAGCCACGCAGAGGGCCACAGGCUGUCCCUCUUCCAAGCAAGACCCGAGCCACUGUCCCCACGUACGGCAGGACAGGCACUGCUCCUCAGAGGAUGGAGCUGGGUUUCUCCAGCUCUCAGAGAGGACAGGAAGAGCAGGGGGUGUCCUUGGGGACCAGUCCUGGGAUGGCCAGUGGCCGAGUUCUGCAAGGCCCUUGCUGGGAGCAGACACUGCCGUGGCAGGGGCUGGCAGGGCCCCAGGAUUGGCAGGAAGGGGCUGGGGGGUCGUGGGUGGGGAGGGGGCUGCGGGUUAAAGGGGCUGGGAGGCGGGAGGUGGUGGGUGCUGGCACCGACACCGGCUGUGCACGCAGCAGCGGGGGGGCCCUGCUGCCUGCCCCCAUCCCUGUCCCGAGGCACCCGCUAAUUAACGCUGAUUAAAGCACGUGACGUUGUUGGCGCUUCCAGAAGAUGCUCAUCAGUGGGGAAUAAUUAAAAAAUGGAAAACACGG